AAACCUAACACAAAUACACGCACCAAUUAAGUGUCGAGACAUCCAAACACCUUGAAUCCAUUGUUAUAAGAAAUCAUGAAGAGUUAAAGGAUCUUAAUAAUACAAAAAAUACUACUAUAUUUUGUCAACAAAUACUUAUUCUUGAAUUUAUUUUUGCGAAUAGAACAUUGGCAUUAAAAGAAACAUCGAACAGUACAAAUCAGCUCAAGAAAAACGAAAAUUACAACGAGAUCCUUAAGAAACCCUUCAUCUUCAACCUCUAGACCGUGUCGACGGUGCGCUGCCGCUGCUGCUCCUCCCUGAGUCGGCCUAACGUUGUUGGUUGCGGACCGGAAGUCACCUAACGGGUCGAAAAGACCACAUCCGUCCCGAAGACGAAGAAAUAGGAUGAACUACCGGUGAAGCUCCUUGACAAUCCGAAGAUCCCCACAACCAGAAAAAAGUUCUCGAAGACCACACCACACCCACAAGCUUCUCGACGUCGCUGUCGAGAUGGGGUUGAAGUCGGGGAAACAUUAUUGCACGAGGCGUCGCCACCACCACCUGAGCGCCGCCCCUACAAACAAAAACCCUAAAGAUGGGGAACGAAACACCCAAAACUGGGAAGCGGAGCCCUCCCGUCAACGAGAGCCGCGAUCCGCCGCACCUUCAUGGCCCGAAGGCCACACCACCGUCGAACCAGUCAUGUGCGGGUGUUGCCGCCAGCGCGAGACUCGUGCCCGCGCCGAGUCGCAGUCGAGGAAGUCCGCCGUCGCGCCACUGGCGCAGCACCACCGCGCGGGGCUAGGAUUGCGAGGGGUUAUGUAUGGUCACAGAUGUAGAUAGAAAAUAAGUUCCUCCAUGAUAUACACACCUCAUCCAGUCAUCCUUAUCACCACUCUAUGUGCAAUGCUCUUCUUCACAUGCACAUAUUCCUAUGUGUGGAAGCGAUGCUCUCGAUACAGUCUCACUGCCACGCGGGCCCGAUGGAGAAGCAAGUGGUCACUUAGGGCAUCCGUGCAGUGUCCGCCGCGACGCAUUUCAGGCGCAAAUAUGCGUCGGGUUUGCGUCGCUGCAGACAGCCCGGUCACGAUGCGUCGCCCCACUGGAGGUGGUACCAGACACAUUUUCGGUCCGGCCACUUUGCGUCGCCCCGUUAGAGAUACCCUCACAAUCACAUAUUCCUAGGGUAUGUCCAUGCCCCUGUGGAGUGCAAGUGGAAACCCAACUGGACUGGGCCUUGUGUGUCAACCAACCUGAACAAAUAAAGGGUUCGAUAGACAGUUUUGAGAGCAGCGGUUGGCCGCACCGCAGGCGAAGCACAUCGCCGAAGCAAAAUUUCCCCAUGGCGAUGGCGCACGGCGAACCAGCGCAAGCCCUCCUCCACCACCUCCGGCGCUCCUCCUCCACCUCGCUGCUCACACACCGGCCUCCCCACGUCGCCCUUGCCGCCGCCACGGCGCGCGUCCGCUCCGGGACGCUCAACCCUGAGGACGCGCACAACCUGUUCGACGAAUUGCUGCUGCAGGCCACUCCAGUCCCCGAGUGCUCCCUCAACGGCUUUCUCGCCGCUCUCGUCCGCGCGCCGGCCUCCGCCGCCUGCAGCGACGGCCUCUCGCUCGCCGUCGCCCUCUUCAGCGGCAUGUCCCGAGGCCAUGGCCCGCCUGUGCUGUCGCCCACAGUCCACACCUACGGCAUCUUGCUCGACUGCUGCUGCCGCGCGCAGCAGCCACACUUAGCGCUCGCCUUCUUCGGCCGCUUCCUCAGGGCGGGCCUCAAGCCAAAUAACAUUAUCGUCAACACCCUCCUCAAGGUCCUCUGCCAGGCAAAGCGGACAGAUGAGGCUGCGGACGUGCUGCUUCACAGGAUGCCGCAUCUGGGCUGCGUGCCUAAUGCCAUCUCAUACAACAUGGUUUUCAAGGGUUUAUGCGAUGAUAGCAGGAGCCAGCAUGCACUCGACCUGCUCCGGAUGAUGGCAAAACAAGAAGCUGGCUGCUCCCCUAACGUGGUGUCAUAUACCACGGUUAUCCAUGGAUUCUUAAAGGAGGGUAAAUUCAGCACAGCAAGCAACCUAUUCCGUGAAAUGGUGCAGCAGGGCGUUUUUCCUAAUGUCGUGACAUAUAACUCGAUGAUUGAUGCGUUGUGCAAGCGUGGAAGAAGCAGAGAAGCUAGACAAAUUCUGGAUUGUGGGAUUCUCAAGGGCCUCAAACCUAAUAUCGUGACAUACUCUACAAUGCUUCAUGGGUACGCUAAAGAAGGACGCCUUGUUGAUAUGAAUAACCUCUACAACUUGAUGAUAGGACAAGGUAUUGUACCUAACCAAUAUGUGUUCAGCAUAUUGAUCAGUGCACAUGCUAAGUGUGGAUUGGUGGAUGAGGCCUUUCUUAUCUUUCAAGACAUGCAGAAACAGGGAGUGAAACCGAAUGUUGUAACCUACUCAGCCAUGAUAGAUGCGUUUUGCAGAAAGGGUAGGAUGAAUGAUGCUAUUGAACAAUUCAACCAGAUGAUUGAUAUGGGGGUACGGCCAGAUGUACAGACUUAUGGGUGCCUGAUUCAGGGUUAUUGUACACAUGGUGAUUUAGUGAGAGCUAAAGAAUUGGUUCAUGAAAUGAAGGAAAAAGGCAUCCGUUAUCCUGCCAUUAUGUUCUUUAACUCAAUUAUAAACAGCCUAUGCAAAGAAGGAAGGGUGACAGAUGCACAAGAUAUCUUUGACUUUAUGAAACAUAUAGGUGAGAAGCCUGAUGUUAUCACAUUCAGUUCACUGAUUGAUGGAUACUGCUUGGUUGGCGAGAUGCAGAAAGCACGCAGGGUACAUGAUGAUAUGGUAUCAGUUGCCAUUCAGCCGGAUGCAAUUACGUACAAUACACUUAUUUAUGGAUACUUUAAAGCUGGAAUGGUGGAUGCAGCGUUGACUCUAUUCCAAGAAAUGUCAGGUAUGGCAGCUAAACCGGAUACUCUUACUCAUGACAUCGUAUUGGAUGGGUUGUUUAAGGUUGGUAGAACUGUUGCUGCAAAGGAAAUGUUCCAUGAGAUGAUCAAAAAUGAAGUGAGAUUUUCCAUUGGUACAUACAAUGUAAUUCUUGGCGGGCUUUGCAAAAAUGGUUGUGCAGAUGAAGCAAUCAUGCUGUUCGACAAGUUGCGAGCAAUGAACCUUAAGUUUGAUAUUAGAACUCUCACCAUUAUAAUUGAUGCAAUGUUUAAAGUUGGAAGAAUAGAGCAAGCUCAGAAUUUGUUUGCUGCAAUACCAGCCAAGGGAUUGGUACCUACUGUUAUAACGUACACUACGAUGAUGUCAAACCUUAUAGAAAAAGGAUUGGUAGAAGAAGCUGACAAUAUAUUUUCAUCAAUGGAGAGGAGUGGUUGUGCUCCCAACUCUCGUAUGCUAAAUAUUAUUAUCAGAAAGUUAUUGAAAAAAGGUAAAAUAGUCAGGGCCAUCAAUUAUAUGUCCCGAGUUGAUGGGAAAAGCAUGUCGCUUGAAGCUUCAACUAUUUCUCUGUUGAUAUCUCUCUUUUCAAGGAAAGGGAUAUACCAUAAACACAAAGAUUUGCUCCCAGAAAGGUAUCAAUUUUUGGAAGGAGACAUCCGCAGUUGACAUGAUACAUUCUAUCUGAACUUAAACCCUCAAAAGGCACACUUUGAGAUUUUCCUUGCAAUGAGGCAUUUCUGCUGGUACAAGAAAUGCCUGUGAACCUCUUCAGAGCCGAGCUCUCGGUGCCCGUGGCGCUGCAAGAGUGGCACCUGGUUUCACGGGCAAGUCAGCCUGGUUACCUGAGUAUCUCGUACAGUAUCCAUGUUAGACUUACGCUUAUUUACUCAGAGUGGCUCACAGAAUUCAGAAGACUGGGGAUGAGGUAACCACCCUACUUAUGUACAUGCAGAAGUGAUGUCUUAAAUGUAAAGCUUGCAAAUCUGCAAGUCCUACUGUUUCUACUCCAUGUAAGACAUCACUUCGAUAGCCUGGCAUGAUAGAAACAGUUUACAUCACAGUGAAUUUGCAGUUUCCUUUUGUUUUUCUUUCCUUUUCUGUUUUUCUGAGAUUCAGACUAUUCAGUGGACUUGCAGAUUUGCAAGCUUUACUUUUUUUUUAUGCGCAUGUGCAAGAGGUGUGAGGCAUUGAAAAUAAUUAGAAGCAAAUAACAAGUGGUGCCUAAGUGAAUCCACCUUUUAUAGCCCACACAUAUAGUGUCACAAACUAAUUGAAAUUAUGUUGCAGAAAUUGAUCAGUAGGCAGAACAGAACUAUAAAUUAGGUUUAGUACAAUACGCAUUCCUAAUAGGAAGAAAAAUAUGCAGAAAUAGACAGGUGGACUUUGUGAUGAGUCAUAGUGUACCAGUCAAUGACCAGUUGAUGAUACAAAAUAAAUUAUAUACGAGUAACAUAUUAUUCUAAAUAUCAUUUUUAUAAACCUCGAUUUUACAUUGUUCAUGUAAAGCAGCUUAGGUUUCAGGUUCUAAACUAGCUCCCACUGCAGUAAGACUGCAGGAGAUUAUAACUAUGCAUACUGAAAGACUAUAUUAGAGGAUUUAAAAUGUCAGAAUCAUAGAUAGCUGUCAAAGUUAACAAGAAACUCCGAGCUCCCUACAUGGUCUGUGCUCAUCAUGGAAAUGAUAGUGCGGAUAACCAAGUUGAAGAGAGCAAAACGUGAAUGACAAAAGUCAGUAGAGAGGGCAUGUAAGGAGACAAGUGUAUUUAAAAUCAUAAGCAAGUUUUGAGA